AUGGAAGCCCAAAGGGAACUAGUUUUCAGCCUAGGUUAUUUUAUUGUGGCUGUAUGCCUGGUUGUGCCUCCAAGAGAGUUUGUGAGUUUGGGUUUAACAGUUCAAAAUUUAUUUUCAUCCUACCUUGGCAUGGAAGAUUUGCAUUUUAUUUCCUUCCAUUUAAAAAGGACUGCAGUCACAAUACGUUUUCAUUCAUUGCUACCUUUGGGUGAGUAUACUGCCUUGUAAUGCACCCGGAUGUUAUUAUUAACUACGCAAUGCUACGAUUCAUGUGUGUCGUGCUCAGACCCUGUAUUGAUGUAUCAAUUAUCAAACCAGGACUGAGGACUGUAUCAAUAUUUAUGAAAAAAGAACUAAAUAUAUUUUUGUUUCAAUUUGCAGGUUAUUACAUUUCCUUAGGUUUAGUAUCACCAGAUCUCAAAUUAUUCAGUUUUCAUGAGAGAAAUGGAUUAAUAGCUCCAGUUUUCUUGUUACUCUCACUUACUGUGUUUCUUGCCGCUGUUUUGAUUGCGCUAUAUUGGUCCCGGAAGAACUGGUAAUUUUAUGAAUUUACAAUAUAAUAUCAGGCUUGAUACAUUAACACACAUUUUGAUUGACGAUACAGAAAAAGCAGGUCAGGGGAGCUAUCCAACUAUGAUUCAGAGUGUCCGAGUCUUUAUCGGCCCACAAGUCCACAAUCACUUAUCAUAUAGUGAUGGCCGUUAAUUAAUGGGUUGACCAGAUGAUUUGUCUAGAAAACUCUCAAUCCUGUUAGCUAUUUAAACUGCAUUGUGCCCUAAUGCUCCCUAUUUAAUUGUUAUUUAUUAUGCCUCACACCAGAUUAGUUUACUCUUUAAUUGAGAAGAACAUGUUGUGUGUACAAUUUAUUUCAUUGUUCAAUCCAUUUACUCUGAAUUUUUAGGAAAAAUCAUCCUUUAGUAAACACCCUCAGUCACCAUGGAAACCCUUGGAUUGACGUUGCAGCAAGGAUAAACAUUGAAUUUCGUCGGAUUGAUAAAUUUUCCAGCCACAUUGGUGGGACAAGUGUCUACAUUACUGACUCGUGGAUUAUUAAAUGCUCUGCAUAUAGGGUUGACAUAGCUCACAAGCCCGAUGUUCACUUGAAUAUUUUAAAAGCAGAAAACCAUGAGAUCUCAAUUGAGACAAAUAGUGCAGUACAAUUUCUUAAUAUCCAAAUCUCAAGUAUAAAUUCUGCUGUAAAGCCAUUUGUCAUACGGCUAAAUUCAUUAGACUACUCUGAACUGAAGGAAAAGAUUCAUGCCCCGAUAGUAAAUGCGAGAAAUGUUGUCAUUCAUCAGUCACUCAGUGAUCAGUUUGUCAAGGCAUUUAAAGAGCAGGUGGAGCAAAAUCAGCGAUUUCAUAUUGAUAGAAAUACAGAGGUACGCUUUCUAAUUUUCAUGUUAGACACAUGUUUUGUUCAGGAACAUUAUUAACAACACUCAUUUAUGCAUUAAGCACUAGCUGUACUGAAACUGCCACAAAAGACAUACAGUAACAUGUCUAGCACUUUAGUACUGCACCUCAAAACUAUGUUGAAAAGUUUCAACGUUUCUGUAGAGUAACCAAACAUUUUACUGCGCAGUCAUUUGACUGCCUAACAAUGCAUUUUGUCUAUGCUAUGUGGCCCACUGGCUAUGUUUUGUUGGUUUUGUAGGUCCCCGAGCCAUGCAUCGGUUGCAUGCAACAAGAAUCAAACAUCAAACUUCAAAAGCUGUGUGCGUUGUCCGAUGUUGGCACCUGCGUGCAAUGUUUCUGUCGUCCAAUGUGGUGUUUAGAAUGCAUGGGGAAAUGGUUUGCCAGUCGUCAAGAUCAGAGCACACCUGGAAACUGGAUGUCAAGUACAUCACCAUGCCCCACAUGUAGAGCAACAUUUUGUGUGCUUGAUGUCAGUUUGCUCACUUAA